AUGGCGGCCGGCGCGGGGCUGGCGCUGUGCGGCCGGGCGCUGGUGGUGCGGGGCGGCAGUCGGUUCCUGGCCGCCUCCACUGCGAGCAGUGAUGACGACAGCCCCUUCACGUAUGACUGCAGUUCUGCCGAGAAGCCACAAGAGAAUAAAGGGGAGGAUGGACAGCCCGUGGGCAAGGGCGGCGACACGAUUCUGGCGUCCACCUUCUCCAAGUCGGGCAGCUAUUUUGCUUUAACUGAUGACAGUAAGCGUCUGAUUCUUUUCCGUACAAAACCAUGGCAAUGUCUGAGUGUCAGGACGGUGGUGCGGAGAUGCACGGCCCUGACCUUCACGGCCUCCGAGGAGAAGGUCCUGGUGGCGGACAAGUCUGGGGACGUUUACUCCUUCCCGGUGCUGGAGCCCCGGGGCUGCGGCCACCUGGAGCUCGGGCACCUGUCCAUGUUGUUGGAUGUGGCGGUGAGCCCUGACGACCGCUUCAUCCUCACCGCCGACCGGGACGAGAAGAUCCGGGUCAGCUGGGCCGCUGCGCCGCACAGCAUCCAGUCCUUCUGCCUUGGGCACGCCGAGUUCGUCAGCUGCAUCUUCGUGGUGCCCGACUGGCCGCACCUGCUGCUGUCCUGCUCCGGGGACUGCACCCUGAGGCUCUGGGAGUACACGAGUGGCCGUGAGCUGCACUGCUGUCCCCUGACCAGCCCGCAGGAGCCGGGGGAGCCCCAGGACAAGAGGCUCGCGGCCUCCCGCAUCGCCUACUGGAGCCGGGAGAGCUGCGUGGCGCUCCUGUGUGACGGUGCGCCUGUGGUCUCCAUCUUCCACCUUGACGUCCCCGGCCAGCGCCUGGCAUUUGUCCAGCACCUCUCUUUCCAGCACCGAGUGUGGGACAUCGGCUUCCAGGAGAGCCAGGGGCUGUGGGUGCUGCAGGGCUGCCGGGAUGCCCCCCUGGUGCUCUGUAGGCCCACGGGCGGCCAGUGGCAGCCCGUUCCCGAGAGCGCCGUGGUGGAGAGAGUCUGCAGCCUCCUCCAGGGAAGCUGGGCCAUGCUGGAAGGCCCCACCAGUGAGGACGCCGGCUACCGCGGCCUCUACAAGGCCACCUUCGAUAACGUGACCACAUACCUGAAAAAGAAGGAGCAGCGGUUGCAGCAGCAGCUGGAGAAGAAGCGGCGCCAGAACCCACCACCUGGGCCCAACGGGAAGGCCAAGAAGCCGAGGCCUGGCGAGGCAGCCCUGGGCGGCUGCUCCUAGCGGGCAGGGUUAGGCCAGGCCAGCCAGCGCGGCGCUGCUCCCACCCCCGGCAGUGGCUCCCUUGAAGAAGGGGCAUUGGGUCUUAGGAGCUCAGUGGACGGCCGCAUCCGGGGCCCUGGAACAUUCCACUGCUGAGCAGAGGCUCUUGGCUGCAAGGACACCAUGCAGCGUGUUAGCCGGCCUCGCCCCUGUCCUGGGUGCCCCCUCGGGGACCGCGCACAGCGGGCGGUGGCCUCACUGUGUGCCUGGGCCUUCCUUCCCGCAGCCCGCGCCGCCCAGCCCGGUAGCCCUCACCAACCUGGAGCCCUGGGGCGGCCGGCGCAGCUGCAGCGCUUCCCCGGGUGGCGCCUGGGACACAGGCCUGGGGCUCCUGCUCGUGUGGGACGGGCCUGGCUGGACGCGUCCUUCUGCCUGUUCAUUAUUUCAACUCGGCUGUGCUCGCGCCUCCGAGAGCCGGGCCCUGCUGAAUUCCCGUCGCCAGGCGGCAGAGAUGGGCUUUUUGUGCAGCUUCUGGAAAUAAGAGCAACACGCAGACCCACGCCGGCGAGCGUGCUGGCUGACCGCUGUGUCCACCUCUGGGCUUGGGCGUGCAGGCCUGGCCGCUGACAACCUCCUGGUGACCCGUCUCCAGUGCGGGGAGCUGGCUGCUCGGGGCCGCUGGCCCGGGUGCUGAGCAGCAGCGCGUGCGCACCAGAGCAGGGGUGCUACCUCCUGCCUCGCUUCUCACGGGGCCCGCAGGGAGCUGCUGGGGGCCCUCUACCUGCCCCCACCACCGGUGGGUUUGAGCAAAAUUGAAAGCAGGGGUGCCCGGGUAGAGUGGGGGUGCCUGGCCACGGACUUCCCGCCCUGUCUCUCUCCCAGAUGGUGUUCCCCUCGGCCCAGGACACACCUGGGGGGCCCAACAGGGUCGGGGUGCUUCUCUGCAGCGUCCCCUCCCGUCUUCACAGGGCUGUGUCCUUGUAGGUCCGCAGCCUCCUUGGGGGCCUGGCUGCGCAUCCCCGGUGGCAGGAGCGGCUUCCCCCCGGCCCCCAGUCUGUAACGAGCAGAGAACAACGGCAUUGCUCAGCACAGGCUCCGCCGAGGGGCCACAGCCUUGGGGGCGUCGGGUGUGGCCCCCGGGUCCUGCCUCUGGGGGUCGCGCCCGGGCCGGCACGGCUGCAGCUGUCCCAGUCGGCUCUGGCUGGUCCACCUGCCCCGGCCUCGGCGCCGCCUGCUGGAGACGCGCAGCAAGGAGCUGGCCCUCCCUGCCCUUCGGCUGCGUUUCGCUGGUUUGCAUCGUUUUACUUUUUGGGGUAUCACUUGGGCCUUGUUCCAACUCAUGUAUUGAUUAAAAAUGAGUUGAUUUUGAUUAAAACUGGUUUUCUUAAUGCCAAGCGCUUCCUCACCCUUCUCGAGUCAGGGGCCG